AGACCGGCCUGGUCCGAUGCAGAUGUGUGUUCCUGCCUCCAAUGGGCUCGACUGGUGUGUUUGUCCCCGUUUACAUGCUAAUAUCUUAGGUUUACCUAGGAUACCCGUGAUUGGAUUAUAUGUGACAACAAGUGCACCUCAUUGUGGAGAAAUGUGUUAGUAACACACGUAAAGCUUUGUUGAUUAGAGUUUUACCAACGGAACGACGUAUAAAAACAAAGGAGAAACACAACCUUAAACACCUAAUUGUGUGUUACAUAAAUGGAAUACUUAUCACUUUUAACACUACAAGUCUAAGCUGGCAUUUAAUUUAAAUUCCAGAAUCUACAAUCAAGUCAGAACAACUUAGACAGCGACCAGUGGAGGUCUGUCCACAUACAACAAACAAAAUGAACGUUCUACCAAUUUUUCGGAACGAUUGGGAACGCGCACGACAAAUACACGGAGAGAAUUAUACUGGAGAGGAUAUAUUCUACUGGAAACCCCUGGAAGAGGAACCCAUUGUUACUGUAGUGUUCUUAGCGUGUAUAGUUCUGUCAAUGCUGGUGGGCUUCUUCGGGAACAUACUGGUCAUAGGCGCUGUGUGUGUCCACAGAAGAUUACGAACGACUGGAAAUGUUUUCAUCGUCAACUUAGCUAUUGCAGACCUCGUGGUUGCGUCCAUUGUAUUGCCUUAUAAUAUCGUAGGAAUUGUGAUUGGUCCAGAACAUUUCCUUAACUUUGAAGCCGUAUGUCACGCCGUAGCAACGAUUUGUGUCUCCAGCUGCGCGUGCUCCAUGAUGACCCUUGCGGCUAUUGCACUGAAUAGGUACAUCUUUGUGUGCCAUAAUAAGUACUACCACCGGAUAUACAGCAAGUGGACCACGCCCAUCAUGUGUUUAUUUCUAUGGAUCCUUGUGCUCUGUGUCGACAUGCCGAGUUACCUUGGCUGGGGAGGACACGCCUAUGACUUUAAGACCAUGGGGUGUUCAUUCGACCGGAGCGGUCACCUAUCGUAUGUUCUGUUUCUCAGUGCAGCUAUCUAUUGGGUGCCAUUCAUACUAGUCUUUAUUUGCUACAUACUCAUCUACAAAUACGUUCAGAAAAACCGCAAGCAACUCCGAAAGGCCUUUUCUAGGAUAUCAUGCAAUAAUGCAGCAGUGCUUAAUACGAGACGAGAAGAAGAGAUCCGAAUGGUGCGGACAUUUUUUAUUGUCGUAGUUGUGUUUUUGAUGUGCUGGACACCGUAUGAUCUUUUGGUGUUAUUUGACAGAUUAAAUGACGCACCACGUCUUCUGUAUAUAAUCUUGCUUACCAUUGGUCAUUCUAACAGCGCCCUCAAUAGUAUUUUGUACGCAACCACAAACCGUCGAUUCCGGCGGGGUUACUUGGAGUUUAUCUCUAUUAUGCUUCAUUCACAAUGCCUUAAAAAGGGUGGCAUAGAUUCACAUGUUUAUAAUUCAACAAAGAAUGGGUUGCCUGGUUACCUUAAAAACAGUUCGGACUCCAACAGUGGUACGAACUUAGCGACACAACACAAGUCUCAGCCGUCGCCAAGACCAUUUAAACGCUGAACGUGGUAUGGGGGAGUGUUGCGUUGUCAUGUAUAUAAUGACAAAUCAUAUUGUGUAGCUAAACGAGAUACAACUACAAGUUGUAUCAAUGUCAAAGUGUGACAUAAAUGAACGAAGUUCAACAAUUGGAUUAAGUACGAUGUGAAAUGUCUUCGACUUGAUAUAGAGUUUCACUGCACAAUGUUGUCUGAACAGAUUCCAAAUAUUCUUCCCUGAAAGAAAAAAGUGUUUAUUUCAACCAAGCAUGAAACCUCACAAAAUAGUGCCUAGUCAAACUUAAUGAUUUGGUUUAAAGACUUAACAUUGACGGAGUUAUCAAAAAACAGAUACCGUUCACUAUCACCAUCAGAGCUCCGGUAGUCCCAAAGCGAGGUUACCAUUAUAGUACUACGGCUAGUGCACUGGGUCUACAUGUACUGUUGUCGUCAUCAUCUUACCGUUUCCAAUGGUGGCUAAUUGGGAGACAGGCCCCUUUCUGCCUCUUAUGAUUGUAAUAACAUAUAAAACAAUAUACAGUGUGGUUGUUUGGAAGUAAUAGUAUUAAGCAUUGUAAUUUCGACAUCCUUAUGUAUGUAACGCAUGCAGGUACAGAGAUAUAAUGAGGCGUUGAGAAACCCGAUGCAGGGGUCCCAGCGGCCAAUAUAUAGAUAUAUGUAUAAUAGGACGCCCAGUUAGACAUACCCCAGUCCUAUAGCCUCUACAUCGUUAUAAAACAAAGACAAAUUGGCAUGCAGGUUUGUUAUAAGAGCAGGCAACUUACAUAGAAAGAAAGCAGAAAGAAAUUUUUUUUUGUUACUUGCUUGGAUUUAUCCAACUUUCCGGUAUAACUUUACUUAUCAAAAUCAAGCUUUUUUAUUUUACAAGAAAUAUGAAACAAGUUUUAUCAACUUAUAUCGAUAAUCUUACUGGCUAGACAUACAUUCUCUGAUAUGAAUAUAUACAUUUUUAUAUAAUGUUUAAAUAUUACAGCAGAGAACCAUCUAGUCGUUUUUACUGAAUCUGUUAGAGGGAAUUCCAUGUAGAUAAAUCGUUAAAUCAUCAGACUUCAGCUAGUAAUGCCUAGUUCCGGGAAAUCCAUCAACCAAUCAGAAAAUAUAGAAACAGUGAAAAUCUGGAAACUAUUUACAGGCAAAAUAAGAUAAAAACUAUAAAAAGAAAUAAUCCGGAAACCAUUUAAUAAGACAGAAACUAAACAAGGUAUUUCGCCAGAUUCAAUAUGGAAACAAUUUCAGUGGUCGGAAUCUAGAUAUAGACUACCAAUAGAGGUAGUCAAGAAAUCAUUCACAAGUCAAAAUGUCGAAACAGACUAUAAAUGGAGGUAAUCCCGAAACCGUUUACAAAUCUGUGACAAAAUAGACUAACAUAAGAGGUAAUCUGCAAACCAUUCACAAAUCACAAAACUAAAUAUAGACUACCAAAUGAGAUAAUCUGUAACCAAUCACAAAUCAGAAAAUAGAUAUAGACUAUCAAAAGAGGUAAUCUGUAACCAAUCACAAAUCAGAAACUAGAUAUAGACUAUCAAACGAGGUAACCUGCAAAUCAAUCACAAAUCAGUAACUAGAUAUAGACUAUCGACAGAGGAAAUAUCACACAGUUCUAUAAAUCUACACGCACUGCAUUGCCUGCACCGUCAAACGAAACUAGUCAUUAUGAAAGUUACUUUCACCAGAAGCGUAAACAAAGUAUACAGUUCGGGUUUGUUUUCCGAAUAAAUAUAGAGUCGGAGUCCUUUGGUUUCAUUAUCUCAUUUAAUUAACAACAGCCGACUAUUUUCGGAUUAAAUUAUUCCAUCAAAUAGAAUCUCUCUACAAGUCAUUCCCCAUGCAUACUCAUCAAAUGAUACAUUUAAUGUAUUGCCAUACAAUUUCUCGUCAGUCCCUAAGCUUUCAGCUUCCUCACCAAACAUAAUAUUUUAAUUAAUUGCCAUACACCUUUUAUCCAUCAAUGUCCAACAAACUUCCAUAUACUCGAUCAUCCAUCGCAUCAACAAUGUAUUCAAAUCAGCCACUUCUCCCUGUUAGAGAUAGUCCACGAGUGAACAACGCUCUAUCUGACCGCUGAACUAUGUAAUUAAUAUUAUAAGAUGAUGUAAAAGGUAAUUCACCAAUAUCUUUUAUCAAAUUUAUUCUUUUAACAUUUUGCGACGAUUGACAUGUAGGUCUCUUACGCGUAUUGCCGUACCCGUUUUAUUUGCGUGGAAUGACUCGGUAAAUGAAAUAUUUCAUUCCACAUCAAAAUAUUCGAUUGAAUAAUAGGAAUAUACAAUCAAUUAAUUAUAUGAAUCCCUGGCGUUAUCUAAGUAAUGAAUGUUUUAGCAAAUGUUUUAGGGACCUUUAUCACACAUUGCUAUUUAUGACAAACUUAAUAAAGCCUGGUAGGGCUUUAUGUUAGUUUGUCAGCAAUAGAAUUGUGUAUUACAGGACCAUAACAAUAUUUGCUAAAAUAUUCAUUUUUUAUAUUCACAUUUUGAUAGAGUAGUUAUGUUUUAUUAAGGUUAUUUCGAACAUUUCUUUGAACAGCAAAGUUAAUGUUGAUAGCAAUGAAAUUGAUGAUGUCACAAUAGAGAUUGAUGACGUUACAAUAGCAAAUGUUGUUAUAGUCUCAUAACAACAUUUGCCUUCUCAAUGCAUUUUAACGGAAGGAUGCAGAGCGACUGUAAAUUUUGACAGAUAGACAUUGUAGAAGAUGAAUAAUCAGUCUUUCAAGGUCCCCAUCAUCAUCAUGAAAAAACAGUUAUUAGUGGAUACCAUGAAAUCAAGUUAGAUUUAACCAUCAGUCCUGGUUGCUUAUAGGUUAGUUAUAAUUAAGUAAUGGGUAGGGGGAAAUAUUCAAAUAUGAAUAGAACAAAAUCAAGAUAUUCUGAAUAAUUUUACUGCUAUAGUUUUAUUAAGACAAAUCAUAUUGAUGUGUUUUGAUGAAUUAUUUUGCUCUGAAAGACCUCGAUUUGUAUUGAUAACAAUUUUAACUUCCACGAAUCAGUGGUGACCAAUCUUUGAGAAACUGGGGACAGACAGCUUUCUCAAAUGAUUUAAUCUUUGACCAGCAACCCAUACCCCCUAUUAUUAUUCUGAUUGGUGUGUUAUGUAUAUAUUGUAUUAGAGUUAGUUGCUCCUGUGAGCAGGUAUUAAUUGUUACGUCAUUAGUUUGU